UCAACAAAAGUGGGAAUACGAGUCGAGAGCGAAUUUUAAUCCGUCGGUUUAAAUUUUAUUUUUCUUUUUAUAGACGUUUUACUCUAGUUGGUUAUUCACACAUACAAAUAGAUAAUUUUGAAAAAAUAAAAUUUUGUUAUAAUUAAUUUAAAAUAAUACAAUUAUGUAGUUUUUUUUUAUUAAGUAAUAUUGUUAUAAGGAGAUAAAAUUAUUUUUGUUUCCAUAAAAAUAUUUAACUAUAUUAUUGAAUUAAAAUAAUUAUGUUUUUGAAUAAAAUAAAAAAUUAAAUUCAAUUCUAAAUUUAUUAAACAAAAAUUUAAUGAAUGUAUGUAUAUAUAAAAGUUUGUUUGUGUAUAUUUGAAAAAGAAGUGAAGUAAACAAUAAAUAUAAAAAAAACCAAAAAGAAUAAAUUAAUAUUUUUCAUUGUAGGUAUGAUGGUGACGGAAUAUCAUUAAUAAAAAUAAAUAUAAUAAGAAAAUAAAAAGAAAAAAAAUGUAAAAUAAAAUUUUGUAGUUUUUAAAUGAGAGAUGAAAGGAAGGCAUGACUUCAUAAUGAAUAACACACACACUCAAACACCCAUAAAAAAAUUUAUUUUUUUUUUUGUUAAAAACCUUCUAAAGAAUUAAAUUUUUCGAUAUAAUUUUUUGGAGUAAAAUAAAAAUAAUUAAAAAUUUUAGGCAAAAUUUUUUAAUUCAACUUCAUACUUACGUUUAACGUACAUAUGUAUGCAUAUAACAAAAUGAGUAUAUCUACCUACCUACCUACAUACAUACAUAAAUAAUUAUUUACAUUUCAAAUAAAUUAAAAAUAAAAAUUAGAUUUUUGUUCUUUUAAAAAAUUUUUGUAUAUACUUGUUUUUUUAACAUGCCUAGAAUAUUAAUUUUAUAAUUUCAAUUCUAUCUUUUUUUUUUUUUAAAUUUCAAAUAUUCUUAAAUAUUGAAUAUUUUUGUGUACAUACAUAUGUACAUUCUACAUAUCUACAAAGAUAGUAAUAUUACAUUUGCUACACGAUUUAUACCAGUUAACUAACGUACUUUACUUAUGUAUAAGGGUGUGUUUGUUAAGCAACGUUUACUAUGAUAUGAUGUGUACUACUAUUACGAUAGGAAUGAAAAAAUGUGUUUAAGUGUAUGUAUGUAAAGUGUAUAGUGUGGUAUGAAUUUUUUAAUACGCAGGUCAUUCCAUAAGAGCUUAAGAAUAUAGAAAUGUCAAAUUUAAUUUUAGUUUUACAAUAUGAUCAUGUGGUAAAAAGAUUUUUUCAAAAAAUAAAUAAAUAACAACGAAAAGAAAAUAAACAAGUUAAAAUAUCAUGUUAAUUUUAAAACAAAAUUAUAAAACAGAACUGCUUAUAAAUUACUAUUUGCAUUUUAAAAAUAUUUGACACAAAAUGUCAACAUGUCAAAAGCUAAAGAGUUAGCAUUGGUUAAAGAUCCCGUAAAAUCAUCAUCAUCAUUACCAAUAACAAAAAAUGAUCAUCAAGAAAGACGUAAAGAAUUUUUUAGAAAAAUAUUAGAAUCAAAACAACAACAACAAAAUCAACAAGAAAAUUACGUAACAAAUCAAUGUAAUAUUUUGAUGGAAAAUAAUUUUAGUUAUAUUGAUGAUGAUGCAGGUGGUGGUGGUGGUGAUGAUACAGAUACAGAGGAUAAAAACAAUAACAAAAAUAAUAAAAAUUUUCAUCAGAAAUAUAAUCGUAGUAAUAGUCUAAGUGAAAUUGAUAUUGAUUAUCAAACUCAUCAUCAUAAUUUUUAUAAUAAGCCGCCACCUUCAACUCCUGUAAAAUUGAAAAUUGUCACAAUUAAAUAUGAUUCACCAAAUACUAGCCUUAAUAACAAUAGCAAUAACAUUGAAAUAAAUGAUAAUAUUUUAUUGAAAGAAAGAAAAUCUGAAUCGAAUGUUAGAAAUGAAAUUGAAAAAUUUAAUAAAAUACAUUCCAAAUCAAAUAUUGAUGAUAAUAAUAAAAGAUUUUCAAAGAAAUCAAUAGAUUCAGAUAAAAUUAUUAAUAAAACUUAUAAAUUCAAUAAUAAUAUUAGUAAUAAUAAUUUUAGAACUGUAAAUAAUAAUAGUAACAAUAUAAAUAUUAAUAAAAAUAUUGGUAUUAUUAAUAAUAGUAAUAGAAUUUCAUCACCAAAAGAAAAAUUAAUAUCAAAUAGUAACGAUAAUGAAAAAAAUAGAAAUAGUAAUAGUAAUAAUAAUUAUAAAAAUAAUAAUUUAAUUAAAAGUAAAUCAUCUGGUGAAAUAAAAUUAUUGGGAGCGAUUCCAAAAGACACAAAAAAUAAUUUUAAUAAAAUUAAAAAGGACACAAAAAUGACAGAACUAUCAAACUGCCAAGAUCAUCAAUUCUCAAUUGAAGAUAAUGACAAAAAAUGUUCACAAUCUAAUUCUAAGAUUUCUAAAAAUAAUAUUAAAGAAAAAUAUAUUACUAAAGAUAUUGAAGGGCAAAUUGCUUUUAAUUCAGAAUUGUUCGGUGAUAUCAGUGAUUUAGAGGAAGAUCCCUAUAUAGAAUUACAACAAUACUUGGAAAAAGUCAAGCGUGAAAUUAAUGAUGUUUUUGAAGAAUAUCAAGCAAAAAGUCACCAAAAAAUUGAUCAAAAUACAGAUGAUCAAGCAAAAAUUACAAAUAUUGAUGAAUUCAUAACUAAAAAUAUAACAAAUUCCAACCGGAAAUUCCAAAAAGUCAAUACAAAUAACUGUGAUGAAAUAGAUACAUUAGAUAUAUUAAGAAAAAAAUCCAAAUUACAUUUAAAAAAUAAUGAAGUUAAAGAUGUUAACAUUUGGGCAAAUAAAAUAAUCCGAGAAUUAGAUAGUUUAGUUGCAACAAAUGAAGAUGAAAGCAUAAAACUGAGACAAGAGCAACAACAGCAACAGCAACAAUAUCAAUUACAACAACAAUUAUGUAAAUGCAUAAUUAAACCAGAAAAACGUUCAACAAUUCCAUUGCAAUCAUUCAAUUUAUGUGAUUCAACAAAUAAGGAAAGGAUACAUAGUGCAGAUUUUUCAAAAUUACAAAGAAAGUUUGAAAAUGGUGAAUCAUCGUUACCCCAAUCACCUCUAGCAUCCAUUAAUUACAAUAAUAAUAAUAAAAAUAAUAGUGGAAAUAGCAAUUAUAUUAAUAAUUGUAGUACCAAUAACAACAAAAAAAAUGAAGCAGUGUUAAGAAUUGAAGAAGGAACAGAAAAUGACUCAACUAUAUCAACAGUAGUGACAACACCAACACGUACUCAAAAUAAAUCGUCACCGAUUUUAAUGAAAUUAAAUAAAAAAGAAAGAUAUUCACCUAAUAACAAUGGUGGCAGUUGUAGUAGUAGCGGUUAUUCAACAUCAUCAAAUAAAAAAGGUUCUUCAUUUUCAACAAUAUGGACAUCUGAUGAAUCGAUAUUACGUAAUAAUAAUGGCGUAGGUGUUGAUGAUGAUAUCAAAUCAACGACUUCGUCAUCAGUUUGCGAUGAUGCUGCAUCUGGUGGUAUUUUAAGUUCUGGCAAAUCAGGAAAUUCUUUAGAUUCAGCUGAAUUAGAAAAUGAGCAUCAACCAAUUACCGAUUGUGGUUUAAAUUCAACAUUAACAACAGCAUCAAAGCUAACAAAUGAUAAAAAUCAAUUUUUGAGAGAUAAUUCAAAUAUGGCUGCAACAAUUUCAGAUGAUACCGAUUUAUUAGAAGUACUUAGUUUGUAUGAUGGUGUAGAUAACGAUGAAUUGAUUUGUCGAAAUUUCGAUGAAAUCGAUUGCUUAAAUGAUACAAAUCAAAAUAAUAGUAAUAAUAAUAAUAAUAAAACAAAUAACAAAUUGACUACGCCUAGUCAUCAUCCAAUUAAUCUUAAACAUAGAAUGCAACAAAAACAAUUAGUUAAUGAAGAUGAGGUAAUAUUAAGAAAAAAAUUGGAUUAUAAAAUAAAUGAAAAAAAUAGGCAUGCUGUAGCAGCAUCAUUACCUUUAAAAAAUAAUCGAACUCUUAAAGCUCGAAGUCAUAUUAUUGAAUCAAAAAAAUUCAGUGCAUCAAAUAAAGAUAUUGUUAAACAUAGUGGCUCAAAGGACAGUAUAAUUGAUUUAGAUUCAUCUAUAUCGGAGCAAGAAAAUUUUCCAGAUUCAACAUCAACGACAAAUAUACGGGAAUUACAAGCCGAAAGUAGUGCAUCUUUGCAUAGUGGAAAUGAAAAUUUAAGUGAUAUGAUUGAAUUAACAGCUAAAUCUAAUUCAGCUCCAUUACUGGUGAAAGAUUCAAAGUCUAAAAUAGAUGAUUAUCGGUAUAAUGACAAAGAGAAUACACUCAGAUACUCUCGAUCCCAAAGUGAUAGACAUUUAGCUGAAAUUGAAGCAAUCGAAGCUUGUAAAUGGUUGAGAGCAGCAGGUUUUCCUCAAUAUGCGCAAAUGUACGAAGAUUUACAAUUUCCGAUUGAUUUGAAUAAUGUAGCAAAAGAUCAUCCAAUCCUUGAAAAUGAUCCUCUUCAAUCUUUGUAUCGACGACUUUGUAUAUUAAAUCGUUGCGCGGCCUUAAGGCUGGAUAAUGCUUACCAUCACAAACCGCAACAAAAUCAGAAAGACGAUUCUGAUGAUGAAAAUUUCGCCUUAAGUGAUCAAUGGACAUUUCAACCGCAAAUUCGUCGUUGGUCACGUGUUGGUGAAGUCGGUCUUGAAUUAUCAACAAAACAAGCAUCAACUGACAAAGUUGAAAGUUCAUCUAAAGAAUCAAGCCCCGAGCGUUUUGAUGAUGACGAUGAUGAUGAAUUUGAUUCGAGAAAUUAUUCAGCUAUGCCACAAAAUUCAUCAGAUUCAUCAAAAACUGAUUCAGAUUCAAUGUCUCGUUUGAAACGAACAGGCAGUGAACGUUUAAAAGAUGGAGCGAAAGCAUUCUUACGUCGUGUUGAAUCAAUAAAAACACGACGUAAAAAAAGACAAAAUCGUGAUGGGUUCGUUAUGAGUGGCGGCUCAAGCACCCGUAAUCGAGGACCACAAAUUUUAGAAUUACCAAGUUUAGAUCAUAACAAAUUAACAAUAUCGCAAUCAUCUGAUAAGACAGCUGGUAUAAAUAUAACGUAUUCAACGCCUCCGUCCCCAUCAGCCGUUAGUCCAAUACAUUUUUAUCCUCGUCCAACUAAUGUUAUCGGAAAUGAAUUGAAAGUUCCAACAGUAGAUGGAUCAAAUAUGUUCUUAUAUACAAAUCGUUUAAGUCCAAAACAUAUACCAAUUACACCAAGGUCUUGUCAUUCAAGUCGAACCAGUCCAUUACAUUUUUUUUCAAGUCAUAUGCCACAUUUAAAGGAGGGUGUUUCAGAUGAUUCAGCAGCAUAUAUGAGUGAUAGUCAAGAUUCCAAUGCUGACAGCGAUCGUUUAACAGAAAUGAAAAAAAUUACAAGUAGACCUAGAUUUUUACAAAAAUGCAAAGUAGACGAUAUCGGCGCGCAUUCAGACUCAGAAUGUCAUGCAACAGCCUGUCGAAAAUUUAUUGUUAAGGAGUUGAAAACAUCAAAUGAACAUACGAGCAACAAAACCAAAAAGCUUACACGAGGUGGAUCUUUGAAUUUAGGGAAAGAAUCCAAAAAAUACAGAGAAUCAUUUCAAAAUAGGAGUUUUAGAUCUCGGGGAUCAAUUAAAAAAUCAUCAAAAGAUUUAGAUGAUACAAGAACAAAAAAAUCGGUGGUACGAUGGCAUAGUUUCCAAAAUCGUGAGAAGCCAAUUUUUUUCAAAAAAUGUAUUUCACCAACCACUGAAGAAACAAAGUCAGAGGGAACACAAUUUGCUGCUAUGUCUUGUGGCCAAUUGGAGAUGGUUCGAAAGUUAGCGUUGGUAACUUUAACUGGGUAUAUGGAACGUUACUGUCCCAGUCAUAGAACGGGGUGGAACUGGGAAUUACCAAAAUUUAUUAAAAAAAUAAAAGCACCUGAUUAUAAAGAUAAGAAAAUUUUUGGUGUUCCAUUGGUGUUAAUUUUACAAAGAACUGGAAAAUCAUUACCGAUCGGCAUUUCAACUGCAUUAAAAUGGCUACGUUUAAAUGCUCUAGACCAAGUUGGCAUUUUUCGUAAAUCCGGAGUCAAAUCCCGUAUAGUUAAGCUUAAGGAAUCUAUAGAAUCAGUCCAAUCGUUUGAAGAUUGUAUGGAAAUUUUUGAUAGUCAGCAGGCUUUCGACGUAGCGGACGUGUUAAAACAAUAUUUUCGUGAGCUUCCAGAUUCACUUUUAACUGCAAAAAUGUCUGAAACUUUUGUUGCGAUAUUCCAACAUUUACCGCCAGAUAUAAGAAUCGAAGCAAUUCAAGCAGCAGUACUCUUAUUGCCAGAUGAAAAUCGCGAUGUUUUACAUUCAUUAUUAGCCUUUUUAAAUGAUGUUGCGAAAAAAUCUCAAACAAAUCAGAUGACUGCUAGUAAUUUGGCUGUAUGUUUAGCACCGUCAUUAUUUAAUAGCAAUAUAGCAACGGGAAACCCAAUGGCUGUAUCACCAAGGCGUCGUAAGUUGGGCCAACCUAAUAUGAAAGAACUGGCUGAAACUAAAGCAUCUCACGAGUGCUUAACAUUAAUGAUAGAAGAAUACAAAAAAAUUUUCUCUGCAUCCAGAGAUAAAAUAAUGAAAUGUAAUUUUGGCUACAUGGAAGAAUCCAAACCUGUUCCGUUGGAGCAGUUAGGUGAAGGAAUGCAAUAUUACAAUUGGAGGGGUUAUUUAUAUGAAUGUACAAAGGCAACAAUUAAAGAAGGAAGAGAAAAGUCACGGGGGUGGGUAGCUAUUAAUUCAUUGGAUCAAAAUAUUGAAAUUGCAUAUAAAAAAGUAGGCGAUGGUCACCUAUUAAGAUUGUGGCGAUGUUUAACAGAAGUAGAAGGACCCCCGACUGAUGUUUUAAAUUUUAUUUUGAAUGAACGUAAUAAUUGGGAUAAUAAUUUACUGGAAUGCCAUGAGGUUAAAAAAUUAGAUGAAAAAACUCAAAUUUAUUAUUAUAGCCUUGACGGACAAACUCCAACAGAUUUUUGUGUUUUGAGAUCUUGGCAAAUAAAUAAUUUACCAAAACAAGCUUGUGUCAUUGUUGAAACUUCAAUUGAUCAUCGUGAUGCACCUCAUAGUUCUGAUAGCAUACGUGGCGUAGUUUUAGCAUCAAGAUAUUUAAUAGAGCCCUGUGGAAGUGGACGAUCUCGUGUUAUGCAUUUAUCGCGAGUUGAUUUAAAGGGUAAACGUCCAGAAUGGUACAAUAAAAAUUAUGGCCAUAUAUGCUCUCAAUAUUUGGCAAAUAUACGAUCUACUUUUAAGCAUGUUGCUGAAGGACCAGAAAGUAAAGACAAAGGUAAUCAGUUAAAAAAUUGAAAAAUGAAAUAAAUUUAAUUUAAUAUUUGAUUGUUAUAUAACACUUUAUUACAAAAUGAAAAAAUAUGAAAUUAUUAUUAUUAUAUUAUAUAUAUUUAAAAAAAAAAUAAAAAAAACAGAUCUUAUAAUUAUAUACACUUAUUUAACAUUUAUAUAACUAAAAAUAUGUAUUAUAUGAAUAUAUUAAAAAUUUAAAUUGGACCAAAAUAAGAGCAUAUAUUUUAAAUUUGUAUAUUAACAUGAAUUUAUAUAAGUUACAAACAAAAUAAAAUAAGCGUAUAUUUUGUGCUUUACAGCUUUAUUAUAAAUACUUUAACAUUUUGUAUAACAAUAGUCAAAAGUAAUAUUGGAUUGUGAAAACAUUUACUAUGUGUAUACAAAUAUUAGCAAACAAAUUCCAAAUAUAUGCUUAAAAUAUACUAAAAACAAAUGGUUUCCCAUAAAAACAGAAAUAUAAAAAGAAAAUAUUUUUAAUUUAUUGUUAAUAAUAAUAAUAUAUGAUAAUAGAUAAUUACGAAAAAAAAGGAUAAAAUAAAUUAUUUAAAUUUUUGAGAAUUUUAUAUAAACAUUUAUUAAAAUACGAUUUAACUUCACUUAAACCAAACUAGACUAAAUACGUUUUACAAGAAACUUGAUCUUUAAUCUAGUAUUUUGUUGACUAAUAGGACCAACAGUAAGAAUCAUAAAUUUACUCCGAAUGAGGAUCCAUGUACAUCUUAUACAAUACAAUUAAAAAUUAAACCAGUAGAUCUUACUUUAAAAUAUUCAGUUUUUUUAAAAGUUAAAUUAUAGAAGGAACAAAAUAGUUUACACAAUUACGGUUUAAGCUGGUUUAAGUAAAGCUAUAUCAUAAAACGAUAUAUAUAGACAUGCUACAUAAAUACAUACAUAUAUAUGUUUUAUUUUUUUUUAACACGUAUUAUAAAAACACAAAGGUUGAUUGAAUUGGUAUGAAAAAGAGAGAUGUGGAAAGCAUUUUAAAAUUUAUUUAAUUAAUUAAAUACACCCAACUCUUUUUUUACACGGUAGAUAGAUACGUUCCAACGAAAACCGUGUAAACAAAAAAACGUGUAAAAAAAGACAUGCUACUCAUAUGAAAAUUGAGGAUGUGUUCCACAAUUUUGAAAACCCGUGUAAGAUCAAAAAAAGAGUUUUCGGUUGACCUAAAAAACGUGCAAAAAAGUAUAAUAUUAAAAACCAACAACUAUUAUAAUGAAAAAAAAACAUAUGUACAUAUUUAAUGUACAAUAUUAAUAUUAAAAACAAAAUACAGUUCAGGCAUAUUAUGAUUAAAAAAGUAUAAAAUAAAUAAUAAACAAAAUAUAAUUCAAACAUAUUAAUAUUAAAUUUACGCAAUAAUAUUUCCUUUUUGUUGUAAGUAAAUCCAAAGAGAAAUUAUAUUGGCACUAAAACUUAUAAAAAAGAAGUAUUGUUUUCCUCGACACACUUUUAAAUACAAUUAUGUUUACAUUCUUAAUGAUAACGCAAUUUUGAAAAACAGACAAAUAUAAAGUGCGACUAAAAAAAUUCUGAGAAUUUCUCCAGUUAUAUUUUCUUUUUGUAACUGGGUGUACAAAAAUUUUUUUUGAACAUCGUGUUAGAAUAAAUAAUUCGUGUAAAAAAACAUUUUUUGCUUUUUGUGAACCGUGUUAUUUCAAAAUCGUGUAAAAAGAGAGUUGGGUGUAUAAUUGAUUAAAUUUUCUGUUCUCCACCUAUUUUUAUCUUGAUUUAUUUUUGUGUAAUUUUUUUUAUUAUUAGACAUACUUUGUUUUACGGAAAUUUCUGUUCUUUCAAUUAUAGCAUUAAGAGUAGAAACUUGUUUUCCUGUAGCAUAUAAAGCUAUUUUCAGAUCAAUGUCAUAUUAAUAUGUUUGAAAGUGAUAGUUGUGCCUAAAAUUUUAAAGCAAUUUUUAAGUUUUUUUUUAUUAUAACUACUGCAAAAAUAUAAAUUAAAUUAAAAAAUAAAAUAUUAAGUUUCUACACUUUAUGUGGCGGACUAUGUGAAAAUGCUAUUAAGAUUUAUUUUAGAAGUUUCAGUGCAUGUCUGAAUUAUCAAAAAUCCCAAAUUUCAAUGCGGAUUUUACUGAUUUUGCAAAUAAUCCCGUGUAUGUUAUGUUCUUACGUACUUUUUUGUAUACAUAUUUUUUUAGAAUUAUCUGGUACUACAUUUUAAGAAUAAAAUUAUUUUUAAUUUUUUACAAUAUGAUUCUCAAUUCUUUGAUUAUAGAAGGUCCUAAAGAUUUGGCGAUAAAGCUAUUGUGAGGGGAUUCAUAGCCAGUAUAUUAAGAAAAAAAAAAAUUACAUCUUUUCAAACAUCUAUGUAAAUUUUUACAAAUUAUAAAAAAAUAGAUUUGAUAGGAAAAGUAAAAUGAAACAUUUCUUAACUUAAUAAACUUAAAAAUUCCCUCGUAACAUCAACUAAAUGCUUUCAUUAAAAUCAUAACUAAAACCACACAAUUAAAAAAAAUAUAUUUUCAGUUCAAUCAACAUUUUGUGAUAACGAAAACUAGCCAAAUCCAUCACAAUUAUAUGUUUACAAUUUAAUUAUAUAUAUUUUAUAAUAUACCAUAAAAUAAAUAAUAUACCAUUAUAAAACAAUAAAUAAAUGCUUUUUUUUACAUUUUAUCUAUUUUACUUACCCAAAUUAUAAAUUAUGCUAGAAAUUUUAUAA